CUCCCCCCCUGCAGUGCCCUGCCAGCCCCAGGGGGUCAACGCCAGCCAGAACUGUGUGACCAACUCUGUGUGGGUGUGGUGGAGGCCCUCCCCUGGCGUGCAGGGCUACACGGUGGUGGGCGUGUCGGCGGAGGGGCUCAACUCCUCCUGCUCCACCUCCAACAACACCUGUGAGCUGCCCGACCUCGUCUGCGGAGAGCACUACACCAUCAACGUAACCGCUAGCAACGGGCUCUGCGACGGCCCGCCCAGCGCCACCUUCGAUAUCGUCAUGGCUCCUUGUUCUCUCUCCAGCAUCACAGCUUUCGCCCAGUGCCACAACAGCUCUAUCCAGGUGGAGUGGCAGCGCCUGUCAGCCGGACUGAGGAACCCCGUGUACACAGCCACGGCGGAGGGCAGCGACCACUCCUUCCUGUACUGCAACAGCUCGUCGUCCAGCUGUGUCCUCCAGGAGGCGCACUGCGGCCUGCAGUACUCCGUCAUCGUGGCACCCUCGUCUGACAAGUGUAGCAGGCUGAGGAGUGCCCCCUACAGGAUCAGCAUGGAACCCUGCCCACCACAGGAUGUGGUCAUCAACUCUUCCUGUGAGUUGCGCGGCGCGCUGGUGUCGUGGGCGGCGUCCACCGUGGCGGAGGCGUACCGGGUAACGGCUGCCGGUGCCGGUGGAGACGUCAGGACGUGUAACUCCACGGCAGCCAACUGCAGCCUGGCCGAUCUGAGCUGUGGGCAGACCUACGCUGUCUCCGUGGUCGCCAGCCACCAGAACUGCUCCAGCACGCCCAGCCAGAACAUCAGCUUCAACACCGCCCCCUGCCAGCCCUCGUCGCUCUCGGUUACUCUCCAGUGUUCUAACCAGUCAGCGGAGCUCUCGUGGGCUGCGGCUCCGGGUGCCGUGGCGUACUACGGCCGCGCCCAGCCCGGUAACGGAACAUCGCUGUUCUGCGCCGCCGCCGGCACCUCCUCCUGCUCCUUCGUGGGGCUGCAGUGCGGUGCCGAGUACAACUUCUCCGUGCAGGCGUCGGACGGGACCUGUAACUCCUCCUUCAGCGCCUCCCUGCUGGACGGAGCAGCCCCCUGUCCCCCAGACCAGCUGAAAGUGUGGAUGACCACCAUGCAGGGUCUUCUCCACGUGCUGCGGGCGUCCUGGGCCCAGGUGAGCUGCCCAGGGACAGAGUACCUGCUGGAGGUGAGGGGCUCUAUCCAGGGGGACCUGCUUUCCCAGUUCCACCUGGCCUCCUACUGGAGCAGCUCGACCUACUUCGAGAUGCCCCUGCCCUGUGGCUCAGCCUACAACGCCACGGUGACCAGUAGGAGCGCUGCCGGGACCAGCUCCCCCUCUGGGGCGGUGACAGGAACUACAGCUCCAUGUCCUCCUCCAUACGUCUCGUACCAUGGGGAUAACUCCUCCGCCCUGGUUGCGUGGAACGCGUCGGUGUACGCCAGCAUGUACACCGUGUACGAUGUGAGGGCGGCGGUGCGCCUGAGUGUGUGCAGCACGCCGCUGCUGUCCUGCCCUGUCACCGACCUCAACCCCGGGGACCUGGAGGUUACCGCUAGCAACACUGCCGGGGAGAGCCCGCCCACCCAGAACAUCACAGUGCUGUCUGCGGACAGGAGGAGGAAGAGGGAUGUGAGGGAUGAAGAGCCACAGAUGGCAGGAGGUCGCUUGGUCCCCACGGUGAGGGUCUCCGUGGAAACCUCCACGACACUGCUCGUUGAUUGGUCAUCCGUGCCGGGGGCGGAGACCUACACGCUGGUGGUCCGUGAGCAGGGCGUCUCGGGGCGUCCGCAGGUCCUCACCGUGUACGGGGAGAGCUCCAUCCUCACCGACCUCCGCCCCGCCUCCACCUACUGCGUGUCGGUGUCGGCCUGGGGCCCGGCUGCUCCGGGGCCCUACUCACAGCCGGUGUGUGUGGAGUUGAGCCCGGGGGUCCGCAUGUGAGGAGACACCAAGCAGCUGGACGGAACUCUGUUCUGAAGAGCGGAACGGAACCCCGUUCAGCCACCCGGAGAUUCUACUUCUAGAAUGUGAUUGUUAUUAGAAUCCCAUGUGACCACACAGAGAUUCUACUUCUAGAAUGUGAUUGUUAUUAGAACCCCAUGUGACCACACAGAGAUUCUACUUCUAGAAUGUGAUUGUUAUUAGAAUCCCAUGUGACCACACAGAGAUUCUACUUCUAGAAUGUGAUUGUUAUUAGAACCCCAUGUGACCACACAGAGAUUCUACUUCUAGAAUGUGAUUGUUAUUAGAACCCCAUGUGACCACACAGAUUCUACUUCUAGAAUGUGAAUAGUUUGGUCGGAGCUCUCUGGUGUUGUGUGUGUGGAGCGUGUGGGCAGGUUACAGGGACAGCUGUGUAGAUUUUGAGGACUCAACUGAAUGCUAUGGUUUUAGGGAUAGGUCUGUUCACAAUGUUACAGCUUUGGGUCAGGAAAUGUGAUUUAGUUUCCAACUCCUUAGAUUGAAUUUUGUCUCCUUUGUUCUUGUGACAAACUACCUUCGAUGGAUUCUUAACCCUUGUGUUAUCUUCGGGUCAUUC